GCCAGCGAGGAGUGCAGCUCAGCCUGGCCUCACGCGCUCCUAGAGGACCACCUCCUGAGCUAGAGUUCUUUCCCCGCUCCUUCCUUCUCCAAGCUCCCCCGCUGCCCUUCCUCACUGCCCAAUACAAUGCAUUCUUAAGAGGCAGCGUCUGGACUCCAGGCAGCCCCAGAGAACCGAAGCAAGCCAAAGAGAGGACUGGAGCCAAGACACUCUGGUGGGGGAGCUUGGAUGCCUGGCUUUCUUUGAGGACAUCUUUGGAGCGAGGGUGGCUUUGGGGUGGGGGGUUGUGCUGCAGGGAAUCCAGCCAGGCCCCAAGAUGGACACUUCUGGGCACUUCCAUGACUCGGGGGUGGGGGACCUGGAUGAAGACCCCAAGUGCCCCUGUCCAUCCUCUGGGGAUGAGCAGCAGCAGCAGCAGCAGCAGCAACAGCAGCAGCCGCCACCGCCGCCAGCGCCCCCAGCAGCCCCCCAGCAGCCCCCAGGACCCUCGUUGCAGCCUCAGCCUCAGCCUCCGCAGAUGCAGCAGCAGCAGCAGCAGCAGCCACCGCAUCCCCUGUCUCAGCUCGCCCAACUCCAGAGCCAGCUUGUCCACCCUGGCCUGCUGCACUCCCCUCCCACUGCUUUCAGGGCCCCCCCUUCGUCCAACUCCACGGCCAUCCUCCACCCUUCCUCCAGGCAAGGCAGCCAGCUCAAUCUCAAUGACCACUUGCUUGGCCACUCUCCAAGUUCCACAGCCACAAGUGGGCCUGGAGGAGGUAGCCGGCACCGGCAGGCCAGCCCCCUGGUCCACCGGCGGGACAGCAACCCCUUCACAGAGAUCGCCAUGAGCUCCUGCAAGUACAGCGGUGGGGUCAUGAAGCCCCUCAGCCGCCUCAGCGCCUCCCGGAGGAACCUCAUUGAGGCCGAGCCCGAGGGCCAACCCCUCCAGCUUUUCAGCCCCAGCAACCCCCCGGAGAUCGUCAUCUCCUCCAGGGAGGACAAUCAUGCCCACCAGACCCUGCUCCAUCACCCCAACGCUACCCACAACCACCAGCAUGCCGGCACCACUGCCAGCGGCAGCACCUUCCCCAAAGCCAACAAGCGGAAAAACCAAAACAUUGGCUAUAAGCUGGGACACAGGAGGGCCCUGUUUGAAAAGAGAAAGCGACUGAGUGACUAUGCUCUGAUUUUUGGGAUGUUUGGAAUUGUUGUUAUGGUGAUAGAGACCGAGCUGUCUUGGGGUUUGUACUCAAAGGACUCCAUGUUUUCGUUGGCCCUGAAAUGCCUUAUCAGUCUAUCCACCAUCAUCCUGCUGGGGUUGAUCAUCGCCUAUCACACCCGUGAAGUCCAGCUCUUCGUGAUCGACAACGGCGCGGACGACUGGCGCAUAGCCAUGACCUACGAGCGCAUCCUCUACAUCAGCCUGGAGAUGCUGGUGUGCGCCAUCCACCCCAUCCCCGGCGAGUACAAGUUCUUCUGGACGGCGCGCCUGGCCUUCUCCUACACGCCGUCGCGGGCCGAGGCCGACGUGGACAUCAUCCUGUCCAUCCCCAUGUUCCUGCGCCUCUACCUGAUCGCGCGCGUCAUGCUGCUGCACAGCAAGCUCUUCACGGACGCCUCCUCCCGCAGCAUCGGGGCGCUCAACAAGAUCAACUUCAACACGCGCUUCGUCAUGAAGACGCUCAUGACCAUCUGCCCCGGCACCGUGCUGCUCGUCUUCAGCAUCUCCCUGUGGAUCAUCGCCGCCUGGACCGUGCGAGUCUGCGAAAGGUACCAUGACCAGCAGGACGUGACUAGUAACUUUCUGGGUGCCAUGUGGCUCAUCUCCAUCACAUUCCUUUCCAUUGGCUACGGGGACAUGGUGCCCCACACUUACUGUGGGAAAGGUGUCUGCCUCCUCACCGGCAUCAUGGGUGCCGGCUGCACUGCUCUCGUGGUGGCCGUGGUGGCUCGAAAGCUGGAACUCACCAAAGCAGAGAAACACGUUCACAACUUCAUGAUGGACACUCAGCUCACCAAACGGAUCAAGAAUGCUGCGGCCAACGUCCUUCGGGAAACGUGGCUGAUCUAUAAACACACCAAGCUGCUCAAGAAGAUUGACCACGCCAAAGUCAGGAAGCACCAGAGGAAAUUCCUCCAAGCCAUCCACCAACUGAGGAGCGUCAAGAUGGAGCAGAGGAAGCUGAGUGACCAGGCCAACACCCUGGUGGACCUGUCCAAGAUGCAGAAUGUCAUGUACGACUUGAUCACGGAGCUCAACGACCGCAGCGAGGACCUGGAGAAGCAGAUCGGCAGCCUGGAGAGUAAGCUGGAGCACCUCACGGCCAGCUUCAACUCCCUGCCCCUGCUCAUCGCAGACACCCUGCGCCAGCAGCAGCAGCAGCUCCUGACGGCCAUCCUGGAGGCCCGGGGCGUCAGCGUGGCCGUGGGCACCACGCACGCCCCGCUCUCCGACAGCCCGAUCGGGGUCAGCUCCACCUCCUUCCCGACCCCGUACACGAGUUCAAGCAGUUGCUAAAUAAAACUCCCCUCUCCGGAAGCGUUACCCAUA